GCGUGAGUGGAAAGGGAAUGAACCUGCCUGUAGAGAGGGCGUUUUAACAUCGCCAACCCUUGCACAUUAAACAGUGACAGAUCCAGCCCCAGACAAGGCGCGCGCCAUAUCGCUGCACUGCGAGCGAGCGAGGGAGCUGGCUGGCUGCAGACACAUCCUCGCGCUCCCAUCAUCCCGCAGACCUCGAGCAGAUAAAGACGAGGGCCGGACACAGCGGGCGCAAGCUCCUCUUGGAAUCAAACCGACCGCGAUGGGCGUGGCGACCUCACAGAAGCCCGCGCCGGAGUCGCCCGAUGACAGCGGCAUGGAGGGUGGUUGGCAAAACUGGGACAUCCCUUGCCCUAGCCCGACGGGCAUGUGGCCCAACGCGAGCGAUCUGCCCUGGGGUGCUUUCAACGGAACGAACAGCACGUGCAACGGCACGGAGGGCUACUCCACGUCGCCCAUCGUGGUGAGCAUCAUCACGGCGCUCUACGCCGUCGUGUGCGUCGUGGGCCUCAUCGGGAACAUCCUGGUCAUGUACGUCAUAUUGCGCUACACGAAGAUGAAGACGGCCACAAACAUCUACAUUUUUAACCUGGCGCUGGCCGACGCUCUGGCGACGAGCACGCUGCCGUUCCAGAGCGCCGACUACAUGCUGGGCACGUGGCCAUUCGGGCCCAUCCUCUGCAAGGUGGUGAUGUCCAUCGACUACUACAACAUGUUCACAAGCAUCUUCACGCUCACCAUGAUGAGCGUCGACCGCUACGUCGCCGUGUGCCACCCGGUCAAGGCCCUCGACUUCCGCACGCCCACCAAGGCCAAGUUGAUCAACGUCGCCAUCUGGCUGCUCUCGUCUAUCAUCGGCGUCCCCAUCAUGAUUAUGGGCACCAUCAAGCCUGACCAAAUUGGCUACAUGGAGUGCCUGGUGGUCUUCCCGCAGCCGCCCUGGUUCUGGGAAACCCUGCUGAAGAUCUGCGUGUUCAUCUUCGCCUUCAUCAUGCCCGUCAUGAUCAUCACCAUCUGCUACGGCCUCAUGAUUCUGCGCUUGCGCACCGUGCGCCUCUUCUCGGGCUCCAAGGAGAAGGACCGCAACCUCCGACGCAUCACGCGCAUGGUCCUGGUGGUGGUGGCGGUCUUCAUCGUGUGCUGGACGCCCAUCCACCUGUUCGUCAUCGCCAGGGCGCUCAUGACCAUCCCGGAGACACCGUUCAUGGCGGCCGCGUGGUAUUCGUGCGUGGCGCUCGGCUACACCAACAGCUGCCUCAACCCCGUGCUCUACGCCUUCCUGGACGAGAACUUCAAGCGCUGCUUCAAGGAGUUCUGCUUCCCCGCCGGAGGCGGCGGCGGCGGGGGCAGCGGCGGGGGCAGCGGCGGGCGCCGCGACCGCGCCACGUCGUCCUCGUACCACCGCGCGGCGCGCGCCGGCCACAACAACAACCACGCGGGGGGCAGCGGCGGGAGCAGCGGCGGCGGCGGCGUCGGCUUCUGCGGCGCGGUCACCCAGGCGGGGCUCCUGUCGCCGACGCUCUUCGCCGAGCAGACCACCGCCGUCACCGGCGUGGAGCGCACGUCAUCGCACCCCCCCGCAUGACUAGACGUGGAGCUGUCGCCGUUGUCCUCGCCGCCGGGGAUGAGGGACGACGCCACGUCCGAGCUGAGGCUCACCACGGGGCUCUGACGAAGGCUGCCUCCUCCUUCUCCCUAAACUGCCGAGAUCACCACCACGACCACCCCCGCCGUCCGCCGUGGCUAUUUGCUAUUUCCCCCAACGCGCCCCCCCCCCCCCCCCCUAUAUUUUCACGUCCCACACCGAUCAUAGCCGGUGGUGGUGGUGGUGGUGUAAGUGCGGCGUGGCCUCGCCUGACCUUGAAGAAGGGAAGCUUCGAGUGAAGGCGGCUGCAAGAAGGUUUUGUGUGGAAAGAGGGUAUCAGCGUCGCUCGCGAAAGAUGGGUCCUUACGAGGGUGCAGACGGUGGGCGCUGCUUUUGAGGUUUACAGCGCGGCUCUGCCGGUGGAGUGCGACUGGAGAGAGCGCGAGACCGUCGGAAGCCCCUCGUGCUUGUGAUUUUAUGCAAAAGAAACUAAGCAAAUUUCACACACACACACACACGUCAAGAGAACUUGUGCAAGGCAAGAGAUACACGGGCAGGGUGCACUCCAUUUAGGUUGUGUUUAUCCACGAGGGAAUGUAUUUGAAUUUGACAUUGAAUCUCAUUGUGGAUGGUGGUAGGAAUCAGACGUGUUCAUUGGACACAGGCUUGUUUUAAAUGAAGACGGUUUGCAUCUUGCGCUUGCAACAAAAUACAUUUGGAAUAUUGUAGAUAUUAGCAUUUUAACCUAAAGUUAUUUACUGUAAAUAUAUAUUUAAAAAAUAGUCCCAGGAGGCUUCGUGAAAUGGUUACACGAUUGUUAACACUGAUCGAUUCUGCAAGCUAUGUAAUGCAGGAAUUUUUUUCUGUUAAGAAUCAGUUUUAACAACAAGCCGUGUGCUCACAUUCUGAUAAUCGGAUCGCAUCGGUAUCAUAAAACUUUGCACUUUCCAUGCGGACAAACCUGUCAGUUUUAGUUGCUGAGUGGACCAGGAUAAAAUAUACAAUCAAAAUAUAAUCUAUUUGCAAAUUUUUUUGUUUGAAUUUGCAUCGUGCUUAUACAAGGCCGAGCAAAUGAUUACCAUCACCAAGCUGAAGAUACUGUAUAUACCUAUUAUGAUCAGAUAGUUUCGUGAACAUAUAAACAUAUUCACAUAAAAAAAAUAUAUUUAAAGCAGCUAUAUUUUGCAAGUGUGUACCAGUGGCAGAAAUACCAAGUUGUUUAUUUUGUAAUAUUUAUGUACAUUUAUGACAAGGUUAGUGGAUAGAUAAAUAAAUAAAAACAACAACAACAAACCAGCAGUUUUUUUUUUAAAUAAGACUUAUUGCUGGGUUCCCAAAAAAAUAAAAACAUUGGUGCAAUAACAUUUAUUUUCAACGGUGGGAUAUAACGAAGUUAAAUAUUUUCCUCGUUGUCUUUCGGAUGACGAGCUCGUAUUCGACACUUCGUUUUGAAAGCGUGUCUCCAAUCACGUUGCGCACGUGGAGAUGAGACGGACGCACGUGGGGGUGGGGGGGGGAGGAGAUGACGCCGCUCCCACAUCGCUCGCCCUUCAACCGCACACUCGCAAAGUGUCAACGGGGCAAAAAGCGUUUGUUUUUAAACGACAUUUUAAAGUAGCAGC